AUGUGGCUCAGAGUGAGUCGGGCGCAGGAGAAUGCCGAGGAGAUUGCGAAGUUUCUCUCCAGGCACCCGCGGAUCACUGGCGUGUUUUUCCCAGGGCCUGGAGGCUGUGACGCCCGCGCAUUGAGGAUACAUCAGUCGCAAAGUAGCGGGCCUGGAUGCGUCAUCAGCUUCACAACAGGCUCUGUGGGCUUCUCGCGGCGGCUGCUUGAUGCCAGCCGCCUCUUCAAGACCACGGUCUCUUUCGGCAGUGUCAACAGCUUGGGAGAGAUGCCCUGCACCAUGAGCCAUGCAUCCAUCCCAGCAGAGCAACAGACGCUUCCCCAGGACCUGGUCCGCCUUUCCGUAGGUAUCGAGGAUGUGCGCGAUCUGCUGUUGGACUUGCAGCGCGCCCUGGAGACUGCCAGUGGCCAGCGCGAGCAGCCGAGCAACGAUCAGUACGACAGUCGCUUCGAGGACCUGCCGGUCGUUCCGAGGCUUCCUGGGGCCAUUGCAGAGGAAACGGACACGAACGAUGAAGCGGGCUCAGCCCUGCGCCGUGACGACUCUCUGUUAGCAGGCUACUUGGGCCUGGCACAAGCAUCGCCACGACGGCAGCGGCAGCAGGUGAGAGCCCUGCUUGGCGUUGCGGCGGUGUCCGCUUUGACUGUUGGUGCCUUUGCUGCCGCCAAGCUGCGUCGACGAUGA